AUGAUUGACACUGUUACUGGCGUUGAAACUCACAUUGGAUCGUGGACUCUGCCAGCAGGCACAAAAGGGCUGAAAGGAUCUUGGCAAGGGUUCGUGGAGUGGUGGCCCUUCAAUGACCGUAAGAAACCACCAACGUGCAACUUGUUGAAGCGCACUACGGUUUUAUUCGGUCCGCCUAGGACUUCAGCCGCCGGUGCUGGUGCUGGAAGCUUGGGCAAUCCAUUCGAGGUCUUUGAGUGCAAGGGGAAGAUUAACUAUAAAGCCAAAAGAGUCGGAGGUAAUGUUGAGAUCAGCGUGGGGUUCUGA